AAUUUAUAAAAAAAAUAUACAGCAUAAUUUCAUUGCUAUCUGCGCCUGUGAAUUUGUCAAUCUCAUUCUCCUCCAAUGGCUACUCUAGGUCAAGUCAUUACUUGCAAAGCGGCGGUGGCCUGGGAACCCAAUAAACCUCUGGUGAUCGAAGAGGUGCAGGUGGCGCCGCCGCAAGCCGGAGAAGUCAGGAUCAAAAUCCUCUUUACCGCUCUCUGUCACACAGAUGCCUACACCUGGAGCGGCAAGGAUCCUGAAGGUCUCUUCCCGUGCAUCCUUGGUCAUGAAGCUGCUGGGAUAGUUGAGAGUGUUGGUGAAGGCGUGACUGAAGUUCAAGUGGGCGAUCAUGUCAUUCCCUGUUAUCAGGCUGAGUGCAAGGAAUGCAAGUUUUGCAAAUCUGGUAAGACAAAUCUCUGUGGGAAAGUCAGGGUAGCUACUGGAGUUGGUGUUAUGCUGAAUGACCGCAAGAGCCGCUUUUCAAUCAAUGGAAAACCUAUCUAUCAUUUCAUGGGCACAUCAACGUUUAGUCAGUACACUGUUGUUCAUGAUGUUAGCGUUGCCAAGAUUGACCCUGUAGCACCAUUGGAGAAAGUGUGUCUGCUUGGUUGUGGUGUUCCAACAGGUCUUGGAGCUGUUUGGAAUACUGCAAAAGUCGAACAAGGUUCCAUAGUUGCUGUAUUUGGUCUUGGCACUGUUGGACUUGCUGUAGCAGAGGGUGCAAAAGCUGCUGGAGCUUCCCGUAUCAUAGGGAUCGAUAUUGACACGAAAAAGUUUGAUAGAGCAAAGGACUUUGGUGUGACCGAGUUCCUCAACCCAAAGGAUCACGAGAAACCAAUCCAGCAGGUCAUUGUGGAUCUAACAGAUGGUGGUGUUGACUAUAGUUUUGAAUGCAUUGGCAAUGUUGAUGUAAUGAGGGCUGCUUUAGAAUGCUGCCAUAAGGGUUGGGGAACAUCAGUUAUUGUGGGCGUUGCAGCUUCUGGUCAAGAGAUCUCCACACGUCCUUUUCAGCUGGUGACUGGCCGUGUCUGGAAGGGCACAGCAUUUGGUGGUUUCAAGAGUCGCUCACAAGUACCUUUGCUUGUCGACAAGUAUCUAAAGAAAGAAAUCAAGGUUGAUGAGUACAUCACCCACAAUUCUACACUGCCUGAGAUCAACAAAGCCUUCGAUAUGAUGCACGAAGGAAUGUGCCUUCGUGUUGUGCUUGACAUGUUUGUAUAAUGGUUCCACGUGCUGUAGUUAAAAAAUGGCGCCUGCCUUCAGUACGAGCUGUCGUUUAUUUGAGUGUCUCCUUUUAUUACUGUGGUUGAUGCUUUCUGUUUAUUACCACCCUACGCUUUCUAAGACACUGUUUUCACCAUCAACAACUGAAUGCUGGCAAUUAUGCAAUAAAGCUUUGAAUUUUCAUGCA